GCGGCCUAAUAUCGGUGUCGUGCGGCGCGCUUCCACAGCGGAAGCUGGGGCUUCUCAGAGUCGUUGUCGUCGAAGUGGCGGUGAGUGCGGACUCCGAGAAAGUUUCCUCAUUUCAGAGAGGUCUCCCAAUUUCUACUUGCUCCUGUUUUCCUCACUGCCUUUUCUCUCCCCCUCCCCCCUUCCUUUUGUACUUUUCGGCUCCAUCUUCACUUGGACACAUCCGUCCCAGCAGCCAUGGCGGAUGUCAGCGACCUGGACAGACAAAUUGAGCAGCUCCGCCGAUGUGAACUAAUCAAAGAAAACGAAGUUAAGGCCCUCUGCGCUAAAGCCAGAGAGAUUUUAGUUGAAGAAAGCAACGUUCAGAGAGUGGACUCCCCUGUAACGGUAUGUGGAGACAUUCAUGGACAGUUUUAUGAUCUAAAGGAGUUGUUCAGAGUAGGGGGCGAUGUUCCAGAGACUAAUUACCUCUUCAUGGGAGACUUUGUGGACCGAGGGUUUUAUAGCGUGGAAACAUUCCUGUUGUUGCUUGCACUCAAGGUGCGAUAUCCAGACAGAAUCACACUUAUCCGUGGUAACCACGAGUCCCGGCAAAUCACACAAGUUUAUGGCUUCUAUGACGAGUGUCUGAGGAAAUACGGCUCAGUCACCGUAUGGAGAUACUGCACGGAAAUAUUUGACUAUCUCAGUUUGUCAGCUAUUAUCGACGGAAAGAUUUUUUGUGUACACGGUGGCUUGUCCCCCUCAAUCCAGACCCUUGAUCAGAUCCGAACAAUAGACCGGAAGCAGGAGGUUCCCCACGAUGGACCAAUGUGCGACUUGCUUUGGUCUGACCCUGAAGAUACGACUGGGUGGGGUGUGAGCCCCCGUGGUGCCGGUUACCUGUUUGGAAGCGACGUCGUUGCGCAGUUCAAUGCUGCCAAUGACAUAGACAUGAUCUGUCGAGCUCACCAGCUUGUUAUGGAAGGCUACAAAUGGCACUUCAAUGAGACGGUGCUCACCGUCUGGUCAGCACCCAACUACUGCUACAGAUGUGGCAACGUGGCGGCCAUCUUGGAGCUGGAUGAGCACUUGCAGAAGGAGUUCAUCAUCUUUGAAGCUGCCCCACAGGAGACCAGGGGCAUUCCUUCCAAGAAGCCAGUGGCGGACUAUUUCCUAUGAUGUGCUGAGCCAGCCCUCUUCAAGCCCCCCCACCACCGACCCCUUAUCCUUCCAUCCUUGAGUCAUCUCUCCAGACGCUGCACAAGUCUCGCGUGACGGGGACCACCGUUACCCCCUCUUCUGAACUUUCCUCAGAAAAGUGACCACACAGACCUCUCUUUCUUUCUUUUUGGUCCAGAGCUGGGAAGCGGCACCCUGGACCCCCCCCAUCCCCAGCUAUACCUCCCUUGCCCUACUAGUUUUUAUAUUCCUUUUGUAUUGGUGUCACGGACGCACACACCCUUGUGGUUCCCCUUUGAAGCCCCUCUCUGACGUCCCUAUAGAGCCCCCAUGUAUAGGGGUGGGGGGGUUAGUAGGUUCGGGCGCUUGUCUUAUUUAAUUAAACGCCAGGCCUGGGAUGCACUGAUGCAGCGGCCCGUGUUCAAACGCGUCCGGAAGGGGCCGUGGUAGAGCCCGUGACUCUCGUGGUGCCCCUCGCCCGCCGUCACGUUGGUUUGACUUUCGACGAGCCUUGGCCUUUGAUUCAGGUUGGUCAGCUCUUCCCGACGCUUGGUUCUGAUGUGAGGAUUUUGAUCCGUGACAGGCCGGGCACAGAGCAUUGAGGGGGUGGUCUAGCCGACUUGAUGUGAACUGAGCUUCUGCGGGGUCUCGGCGCGCCUCCCUUACGCUUUGUUUCUUUGAGACACGUGGCCGCCGUCGUCGUUCCUCUCCGCUCUUUUUAUGGAAAUGGCGACUUGUGGUUUUCCACGUGCCUGCUGUUCAAGUAAAUGCCCGUCGAGCAGUUAUGGACCAAGUUGGUGGCACUGGUGAAGGUGCCCUAGCUGUCUUGUGAUCAUCUGCCCCUCCUCGUGACCCCUGGGGGGUAACUGGCCACCUUUCAGUUUUUAAUAGACUCCCCCCCCACACACACACACCGUUUUGUGUUUUUUUUUUUUUUUCUCUCCUGAUAUCCAGCAGAGGGCGCCUUCAUUGCUUGAAGCUGACCAAAGGAAAGCAAGUCAGUCGGAUGAGAGGAUCUCGAGUCCCCCCCCGUGGACCACCCUGGUCUCUAACUUUAUAUAUAAAAACCCCAUCCUUCUUUUCUAUAACACCAAACACCAAGACUUGUGGUUCUUGGUCUUUUUUGACCUCGUUUUGGCUCUGAUUUCCUCCCACUAGAGGCUACCUCUGCCGUGUAGGAUGUUUGUCUGUCUUUUUAUAUAUAAAUAUGUUGAAGUCUA